AUGCCAUUAAUUGGAGCAUCUGAUGCAACAAUGUGCAAAAUCUUCCAAGAAACACUCCGUGGAGAUGCCCGACGAUGGUACUCAAAGUUACAAGAUGGUAUUAUCUCCAGCUUUUUCGAAUUUGCCACUCUCUUCAGAUGCAAAUUCUGUGCACAGAAAAAACAGCCUAUCAACAUCCAUCAACUCCUCAACAUCAGGCAGCGUGAUGAUGAGACACUCAAGGCAUACUAUACUCGACAUAGUAAUAUCGCCAUUGGACUUACAUCCAUCUCCACCGAGAUUGCCACCAAUGCCCUGAUGUGA